UUAAUUAUAUUAAGUCUAUAAUGGAGCAUCUGUUUUUAGAUGAUCAAAUUACGGUUCCUGAAGAAUUUCCUUUCAUUUUAAAAGAUUAUGCGAAAGCUGCUAUUCGCACGAAUCCCAACGAUUUACUGGAAUUUUCAGUUAGGUACUUUACAGCAUUAAGAAAUGGAGAAAAGCCCCCGGUCAAGGAAAGAUUAGCUUUUGAGAAGCCACCAAAUCCAUACUUUACAGCUGUACCCGGUGCUAGUGCCGUAAGUCAACAAAGGAAUCACAUAUUUAAACUAACCAUUAAUUUCUACUAAUGUGUUAUAUUAAGGGGGAA